CAGUGCAAGUGAACUUUCCCAAUUGAGCGAGGGGCUUUGUUUAGUUUCCUACUCACCGGUCGUCUGCUAUACUAGAGAAAUCGAACUCACCACCAGCUGAAAUGUGUAACUGUUUCAAACAACUUAGAGUAAGAACCAAAACUAAAUAACGUUCAAGUCAAAUAAGCCGACGUGUUGUGCUACUAAUGGGUUCGAAGCCAAAGCCAUCAUCGACCAUCGAUGCCGCCCGAUUAGGUUUUGGUCGCGGUGAAAGUUUGCCACAGAUCCAGACGGCUCCUCCGCCACUCUAUCCACCAGUAAAGGUUAAGCCUGUACCCGCACCGCUUGAUGAGGAAAUGACAACGAUUACUGAUAUAUAUGACCGUGUCAGAAUUGAGGUUCGCGAGGACGCAUUCCAUAUCCGUGUCGCGGAAGAAAAACCGCCUAUUGAAAGGUACUCAGAUCAAUUGGAUGAGGCGCUAGCUCAGGCCGGUAAACGUUACAACUACCGUAAAGAGUUAUUUCCCUCCGUUUUGUGCACAUCUCGUCCUAAAAAGAAGUCUGCUACAGCUAGAGCAAAAGAGAUCAAUUUGGAUAAAGUGUUAUCUGAGGAUCGCGAGAAAGAAGAAUCCGAAGCAGCCGCUGCUGCUGCAGUAGGGAAUCAAACAAAUCUUGAAGGCGAAGAUGCGGCCGAGGACGGCGAAGACGUUGAUGCAGAAGGAGGCGACGACGCGGAGGACGCUGACGAAAAUGUCGAUGACGAUUACGCCGACACCUACUUCGAUAAUGGAGAAAACUUCCUUGAUCCCGAUGAUGAUGCGCUCGAGGAAGGGGCCGUGUUCUAGUCGACAAGCAUAUGAGUUUAUAAAGAAUCAAAUAAGUCGUGUGACGAGACGUCGAAUAUGGUAGCUAUAAGCCAGGACCACAACUAAGUGCGUAGUGAUACAGUUUGUCGUAAAUGUAAACAAUCUGAGUUAACUUUUUUAUGUUUCUGUACCGGCAAAGUCUAGAUUAACCGAUAACGUGGUGAGUUAUAGGCGCUUUCCACUUUUUUGUAUUGAGCGUCUGCCUGUGAUACAUACAUCUAGAGAGACGAUAAAAUUAACUGUACAACGGUCUGCAUCAAGGAUAGUACUAGGUUAGCUCUACAAGGUACGUAACGUCCAGCUGAUACGAGUAAACGUAUAAGUAGCCUGCCCAAAAUAGACAUAGUGGUGGCAUAUUCGAUUUACAGAAAUCAAAUACUCGCGCGCAAUGUCUUGAAAUACUGAUUUUUUUCAAGUGCAAAAAAAUAAUAUGACGGUUAUAAAAUAAAAGUUCAAUUGCGUAAGUAAAAAAAAAUAAUUGUACUUUAUGUAUACGUAUUGUGCAGAUGUGUGCCCAAACAAGUGACGUCCGAAACUUGGCAUCCAAACACUCCUAAAUAAG